CUAUUCAUAAUAAAAGACCAUUUAUACAACAAAAUAAUAAAUCUUUUACAGAAUUAUUACAAGAAAUAUUUUCAACACUUCAAUACAAUCAACUGAAAUUAUUAUGUUCUGAAACACCAAUUUCGCCAUAUGAUUUAUCGGUUUGGGAAUCAAUACUAAUGAAUGAGAAAUUUUUCACUACUAAUACUGGACAAGAUGCUUAUGAUGUUGAAAUAGCAACUGUAAGUUUAGCUAUUGAAUUAGGUCAUAUUUUGUCAUCGGAAUUUACAGGUGAUAUUCCUUUUGAAGCAUAUAAUUCUUUAUUUCUUGUGAGAAUGUUUACAAAACAUUUCGCUGGUAACAUGACCUGUAAUGAGAUACAUAAACAAUUUGAAGAAUCUCAACUCGAUAACAAUAGUAAUGAAAAACCAGAUUUUUCAAAAUAUCAGAAACUUGUUAUUGACCCUGAAAUUAUGAAAGAUUCAAGACUUAAAGCUGAACAAUUGAUUGAUGCAUUAUUAAAAGUUAUAACGAAUUUGGAUCCUAUAUCGAAUUUAUCAAGUUAUGAAUAUUAUCAAGAAACUUUAAAUACAUUUCUUUUACUUCAAAUCUUAAGAUUAUUAUAUGAUGGAAUAGAGGGUCAAACUAAUUAUUCACAAAUGUACAUCUUAUUAACAAUUUUAUUAUUGUUAAGUCAAGAUGAGAUUUUCAAUGAAAAUAUUCAAAAGAUUAUAGUGAUAUAUCAGCCCUGGUUUACUGAACGAUUAAUGAAAUCGAUAUCUUUAGCUGGUUUAACUUAUUUGUUACUUCAAAUCUUAAGAUUAUUAUAUGAUGGAAUAGAGGGUCAAACUAAUUAUUCACAAAUGUACAUCUUAUUAACAAUUUUAUUAUUGUUAAGUCAAGAUGAGAUUUUCAAUGAAAAUAUUCAAAAGAUUAUAGUGAUAUAUCAGCCCUGGUUUACUGAACGAUUAAUGAAAUCGAUAUCUUUAGCUGGUUUAACUUAUUUGGAUGUAUAUUUCCACACUAGUAGUUUGGCAAUUUUGGCAAAUAUCGGGAAUAGCAUGAAAGAUAUGCAUCUGUAUGUUGCUCAAAGACUUGCAAAUUUGUUUGAAAUUGUUUCCAAAAAAUAUUUAAAACUUUUAAAUAAACUUAACCAAAAACAACCAAAUGAUCAAAUGGAUGUUGUAAUAAAUUAUUUCCAAACAAGAAUUUCUGAAGUUAAUUUAAGAUCGCCAUCAGCUGAAGAAAUUUCUGAGGUGAUUGUAACCUCGGCAAGGACUUGGUCAGCUAGUAGACUUAAAGAAUUCCCAGAAUUGAAAUUUAAAUAUGGAGAAGAGCUUGAAUCACAAGAAUUUUUUUGUCCGUAUGUUUGGUCACUUGUCUAUCAACAUACUUGGAUAUAUUGGGAUGAGGAUAAAGUACACAUAAUAAAUAAUUAUUUUAUGGUUAGUAAUAGCAAUAAAAUUUCUGAGGUGAUUGUAACCUCGGCAAGGACUUGGUCAGCUAGUAGACUUAAAGAAUUCCCAGAAUUGAAAUUUAAAUAUGGAGAAGAGCUUGAAUCACAAGAAUUUUUUUGUCCGUAUGUUUGGUCACUUGUCUAUCAACAUACUUGGAUAUAUUGGGAUGAGGAUAAAGUACACAUAAUAAAUAAUUAUUUUAUGGUUAGUAAUAGCAAUAGUAACGAUGAAUAUUUUGAAACGAUGUAA